AUGAGUACCUUAGAAUAUUAUGUACCAGGUGUAUAUUCACAUGGGGACUGCCACAAAAUAGUGGAUUCGUUAGAAUGCGGCACCAGCAGCCAGACCCAGACCUUGGAGUAUAUAUGUUCCAUGGUAGAUGACUGGGAAAUUCAAGGCACAUAUAGUGAACCAAUGGUGUGGAUUGGGAUCUACAUUGCAGUAGCAUCAUUACUUUGCAUCCUUGCCAUGGCCGCAGAUCUGUUGCAUGGUUUCUGGAAUAAUAAGUUAUGGUUUCCAUGUAAAUACUUUUCCCUCAAUGCUGCAUCUAUUACUGUGAUAACGGUCACCAUGAAACUGCCUGUGGAUCUAAGCAGUGAGAUGCCGAGUUACAUGGACCAAGCAGCCAAACUAGGAAGUUUGGCUUUCAUGUGCACCAUGAUGACUAACUUUAUGCCGUCUUUGGCAGCCAUGGACAACAAGACACUUCUUGCAAAUAUCAUAGGUUUGUCCAUUCUCGUUAUCACCAUGAUUGUAAAUAUUUGCAUUGACAUAUAUACUGGUGCUAUCAAGCAUAUAAAUCUCAAUCUUCUAAGUGUCUAUAGUUCUAGUUUUGACUGUGUUGUGGUCGCAUACAUCUACAUGGCUAUGAUCCUUUUGUUACUAAUAAUAAUGAUUUCUGCAUCCCUAAUAAUUCCAACCUCUAAGGAAAUAUUAGAAGUCAGGUAUCAAACCAGAAACAAAACUUAUUUAACUGAUCAGCAUCCAGAACAUACCCAAAGGUCUAUAGUUGAGAAACUAAGGCAACAUGUGACAAGAUAUUGGGUCAUGGCAGAAACUGGUAGCCCUCAAUUUGUGAUGGCUAGCAUACCAUUAUCCACUGCUUCUGCGGUAAUUUGUGGAAUUGUAUUAAUCCUGAACUUAUUUGUGGUAUUCGAAGUUCCGUUUGGAUACCAUGGAAAACAAAAAGUAUAUGGAUCAGCAUACAAAUGGUCAAUACUUUUCAUUGUCAUAACACAAUCCAUUGGGGUCCUGGUGGGUGCCAUUGCUCCCAUAUUUAGAUGUUUUUCUGUUUUGAGCUUCAAGUUGGUCAUCAAAUGGAACAUGAUUCAUUUGAUGGUUUUAGAAGUAGAAGAAUACUGGACCCAAAAGCUGAGUGAGUGGAAACAAAGUCCUAUACAUUUUUUAUCAAGCGGUAGAUCAAGAACUCUUGUCUAUAAUUUAAAAGGUAUCAUUAUAAGCCUUUGCAUUAAACUUCAAAAGGUAAUUGUCAUUUCGUGCAAAGGGAUAUCACUCAUCCCGACAGUCAUCCCAAUAUAUGUCGUCUACUAUUGGAAGUCAGUGGAGGCAAUGCUGGUUACUCAACCCGACGAAUCCGGAACGGACAAUACAGAUGGCGACCUUAGCAACUACGUUUUACAAAUUCAUGAUGAGAUGGAGCUUGUUGAGACAACACUGAUGCGAAUAUCGAACUCUGUGAAUUCCUACAUUUUAGAGGCCGAGAAGGAACAAAACAAGGAUCUUUUAGAGCUUCUUGAUAAAUUCACUGGAUUCAAGGGAGUAGAGAACUUUGACACCGAUCAUGUUCAAUCUCUGCUUUCUUUUGAAAUUGUUAACAGCUGGAGCUUACCAAUAGUGACCUUAACAUGCAUAGCUGUCGCUCUCCCAAACAUCCCUAAAGACAAAACUAAGAGCUUGUUAAGAAGUGUUGGUGAAGGUCUUUCAUACACCCAUCAGGUGGAAGAAAACCUCAACUGUGAAAAAGAAUAUGUAAAUAUCCGAAAAGCGACCAUAAUCUUAUGGAAUGAGGUCGAACACAAAUGCAAGUGGUUGGACAAGGCUCUACAGAAAGAUGAUUUUAGAGGUAAAACAACAAGAGAGAUUCUUAAAUGGUUUUCUAACAGAGCCAAUGAAUUUGUGACAGAAUUCAACAGAAGUAUCAAUGGAGAGAUGGUGCAGAACCCUCCGAAGGAGUUGAUUGCUGCCAAUUCAAUGUACCGAAUUGCAGAAACAAUCUUGCUUAGAGACGAAAGCAACAGAGAAGCAACUACCGAAAAACAGUUGUUUGCCCUUUUAAGUGGCAUGAUUGCAGACAUAUUGGGUGCUUGCUUCACUAACUUACCACGAGUCAUAAUAGUCAAAUGCCAUGAAAGCGUGAUAGAGAAAAGAGAGGCAAGUGUCAAGGCUGCAGCCAAGCUUCUUGGCAAGACUUCAAAAAUAAUAGAAAGGCUCGAGGCAUGUGAACUGCCAAGCAUGGACCCUGAUAAGAUGUCAUACGUUGAUGAGUGGCGUCUUUAUUUGAAGCAAAUAAUCCCUUAA